AUGAGCUAUAGUCUAGUUGAAAAGAAAAUAUUCCAGUUCACUGUCGAUGGCAUCCUUGAUUGUGUGAAAGCAGCAUUUAAACAACUGGAUGAUAAUAUCAACACAGUUUAUUUAGUCGGAGGGUUUGGAGGUUGCAAGUUUGUUCGUCGGAAGAUUGAGGAAGCUAUCGGUGAAUAUCAUGGAGCUCUUUACGAUAAUACAGUCUGUCCUCAACAAUCAGAUCUUGCUGUUGUACAUGGAGCAGUAAUGUGGAGGAAAGACCCUAGCAUCAUUCAAUCACGUGCUGCUGAUGCUGCCUAUGGGAUAGGUACUGGUCCUGUUUUUAACUCAUUAGUCCAUGAUGAGCAUUACAAGUUUGUAGAUGAAGAUGGCAUACAACGUUGUAAUAAUGUAUUUGAGGUAUUCGUACUUAAAGGAGAAGUGGUCAAGGAUGAAGAAUACAAAACCACAAUAAUACCUAGUCAUCAAAGAAGCACUCGAGAAUAUAUUUCUAUAUACUCUACAACAGAUGAUGGAGUUCAAUAUGUACGAGAUAAAGAAGGAAAACUAACAGUACGUAAGAUUGGUGAAUUAGUGAUUGAUGUUCCUAAUCCGGAAAAUAAACCAAGAAGAGAGAGAAAAGUGGACAUUUUUAUGGAUUUCAGUGGUACAGAGAUACGAGCUAGAGCUCAAUAUCGUAUCACUGGACAAGAAGUGAAAACAGUUUGCGACUUUCUAUCAAACCAAGACUGA